CUUAUUAAACAAUUAAAUAACUAUUACAAUAAUGAUUUCUGGAAUAAUAUUAGCAAUAGGAACAUGAAAUUGCAAAUUGAUAAUCUAAUCAUCCGACAAAAAACUUGAAUAAAAUAAUUAUCUCUGUUUCUACUUGUUUGCCAGUACCUAAGUUUUCUAAUAUAGAAUUUUACUGAUAUACAAUGGGCUACCAUCUACCCAUUUUCCUAAUAUCAGUAAUCGUAACCAUUGCUACAACCAAUGGCUACAACCUCAGCGACUAUAGGCUACCAAAAUACGCAGUACCUGCUUCUAGUUAUUACAAUUUUGACUUACGAAAUCCCGAAGAAGAUACUUUCAGAGCUGAAUCGUGGCAUCAAGUGGUCAUCCUAGAACCGAACACUUAUGAACUGGUGCUUAAUGUGGAUCCGAAUUAUGUAAACAUGGAUUCUAUGCAUAUAGAAACGAAUACUGCCACAUUUAUUUGUAAACUGGAUGAUUAUAGUGCUGAAACCAAGUUAAUGGCACUGGCUUGCAUAUAUGAUUUAUAUAAUGAAAAUUUCACUUUUCCGACAUCCUUGGAUUUCACCUAUACCGCCAACUUCUCAGACGAACCAUAUGGACUUUACAAAAAGAAAUUUAAAGUCAAUGGUCACGAAAGCUAUGUAUUAUUUACCCAAUUUGAACCUACAAGCUUUAGAAGUGUAUUUCCUUCAUUUGACGAACCAGAUUUUAAAGCUCCUAUCAGUAUUACCGUCGACCAUUACCAGAAUUUGACAAUAGUCGGCAAUAUGGAUUUCAUUGAUUCUCAUGGUUUUCUGCAAACAUCAAAUAUGUCCGACUACUUGGUAGCACUUGUAGCAGGACCCAACGAUACUUGGACCUCGUAUACAUCAACAGCAAACGAAACUUAUACAUUUUCAGUUUUUGCUCAAAGAAUUUAUGAAGAAUAUGUUUCAUUUACAUUAGAAAAUGCACCAAAACUGAUUGAUCUAAUGGGUAGCUGGACAAAUUUACCCUACGAAACACUAGGGAAUUUCAAAAUGACUUUUGCUGCGCUGCCUGGUAUGUCUGGUGCUAUGGAAAAUUGGGGACUCAUUACUUACGAUGAAACUUACAUAAUAGACGAAGGACAGAAAACGGCCCUUAAAUAUACCAUAAAAGCCGUAACAGUAAUGGCUCAUGAAAUUUCCCAUCAAUGGUUCGGAGAUUACGUUACACUUGAUUGGUGGUCAGAAGCUUGGUUGAAUGAAGGGUUUGCUAGCUACUUCGAGUGGCACUUACCAAACCUGCUUUUAGCAGACUACGAAUUUGAUAAAAUGUUUUUGGUCGAAGAAUUCCAGCCAGCUUUACAAGGAGACAGUCCCAGUAUGAUGCCUUUAUCGAAUGAUGAAUCCAAAGUGAACACAAUAGACGAAAUUAAUGCUGAAUUUGACUCAGUAAUAACGUACAAUAAAGGUGGUUCAGUUCUUAGGAUGAUUAGUAAUGCUUUGGGUGAAGAUGUUUUCCAGCUCGGAAUUCAAAAUUAUUUAAAAGACAAUGCCUUAGGUAACGUAAACGCUUCUAAUUUUAUUGAACAUCUUCAAGCAGCUCUUCCAAAUACUACCGAUAUUGACUUAAAAACCUAUUUGGAUUCUUGGAUUUAUGAACCUGGGUAUCCAAUUGUGAAAACUUCUAUUGAAGAAACUCACCUCGAUUCUGACAUUGUAUCAAUCAAUGCAUACAAGUUUCAACCAUCUUUGAAUGACACCGAAAGAGAACUAUCUAUAUGGUGGGUACCACUUACAUAUGUUACAUCUGAUAAUCCAACUGUAAGCACCAAGUGGAUUCGCCCUACACAAACUUUCGGUUAUUCUAUACCAAAAUCUGAUGACGCUUGGGGUUUAGUAAAUGUACAUGCUACAGGUUUCUACCGAGUGGACUAUGAUGUAAAGUCUCUGGCUAAAAUCUUCAAAGUUUUAAAUAAUCCAGACAAUUACACUCAAAUACCAGUGCUUAAUAGAGCUCAACUUAUAGAUGACUUAUUUAAUAUUGCCAAAUAUUAUACUGAAAAAGAACAACGUUAUGAGAGCAGGCCGUACCAAAACGCCUUCUCGUUUGUCGAAUAUUUGAAACACGAACAAGAGUAUUAUCCUUGGUCUACCUACUUAAAAGAAGUUCAGUAUCUCUUAGAUAUGAUAACAGAUGAAACUACUUUGCAAACUUUAAAGGCUGAUGUUCUUGAACUAAUAAGUUCUCAACUGAUAAUCCCUAAUAACACGAACUCCCAGGACGUAAGUCCUCCAGAAAUUCUGAAAAGAAGUCUUCUUUUGGAAUGGGCUUGCAAAUUAGGCCAUAAGGAUGCAAUUGAUUAUGUUAAGACACAGUUUGCUAGUUACCAAGCUGAUUCUGGAAGUGUGGACAAUAAUUAUAGAGAUGUGAUUAUCUGUUAUGGAUUCCAAAACGCUAACAGCGAAUAUCAUGCCAGUCUGAUGGCUCUAUAUGAAACAGCUACUUUGCCUCAAGAACAAACUGACAUUAUAGUCGGACAUACAUGCGUUUCAGAUGUUGGCAUUUUGGUUAAGGUAUUAGCUUCUACACUGGUAGAUGAUUCUCCAAUAGAACAACAUUAUUGGGCUCCCAUGUAUUCUGCCUUGAUAAAAAGAGGUUCUAUAGGUGUAGAGGCUGCGUUGAGAUUUAUUCUAGAAAAUUCUGAUGCUAUUAUGCAAAAAUGGAAGAAGCCAAUGAAUAUAGAAAAAAUGAUUAGUUCUGCUGCUAGCAAUGCUAAGUCAGAACAUAUGGCAAUGUUAACUCAACUUUUGAACAAAUUUGGAAAAGAUUCGAAGAUAGGUAAAAUUAUUGUCAAAGGCCUAGCUAACAUAGAGUCCAAAGCAUUGUGGCUAGAAAAGUUUGGAGAAGAAAUCACUAGUAUUUUAGUCUUUGGUGGAAGUACUGUACCAACAACCCCCUCAACUAGUACCACUACCAUUUCUACAACUACCAGUUCUACGUCUACUUCCACUACCCCUAGAAGCAAUAAUGGAAGUAAUACAGCUCGGAGCAGCACUGGAAUUGUUUUCCUUGUACUUUGUUCGAUGUUAAUUUUUUUUAAAUAGUGUAGAGUUUUAGAAUGUAGUUUUAAGAUAUAAAGCUAGCAAACGUCCAAACAAUUAUGUAGCUGUAAUAAACGUAUCUUUCCAAAAACA